GGCAAUGCGAACAAUCUAUGGGAAGCUUUGGCCGAAUUGGAGUUUUUGUCGUUUUUCCUCUAUAAAUAUCCCACUGAAAAAACUGCAAACCACAACUUCACGUUCUUCGGGUCCUGGAGGCCAAAGCGUCAAUAAAUCUGAAACAAAAGUACAAAUAAGGUUUAAUGUGAAAACGGCAGAUUGGUUGACCCAGGAUGUGAAGGAUAAUUUUUUAAUAGUAAACAAGGCUAAACUAACUCAAAAGGGAGACUUUAUAGUGAGUUCAGACGAAUUUUCAAAUCAAGGUGAUAAUAAAAAGGCUUGUAUACAAAAGAUUGAAGAUGCCAUACACCAAGCAAAAGAAUACAAACCAAUAAUACAACAAACAUUUUUGGAGCAAAUGGAAGAAAAUAAAUCGCAAGAAGAAAUACUUCAAUACAAGAUUCUAAGGCGUAAAAGACGCAGAAAAUCUAAAGAUAUAGGACACAAAACAUGGGCUGAUUUUUAGUAUCAGUUCUAAAACGGAUAGGUAAAUCGAGG